AUGAUAUCAAGCUUAGACAUUCAUAGUGUAGCAAACUUAUAAAUUAUUUCAAAAUUUGUCCUUAAUAAUUCUUUAUUUUUGAAUAAUACUAGCUUUGGCUUUGGUGGAGCCAUAUUUUUAUUACAGAUUAGUACUUCAUCUGUUUAUAAUUCUACUUUUAUUACAAACAAAGCUCUUGAUUUUUCAGGAGGAGCGAUUUAUGUUAAUCAAUCAAGUUUAACACUUUUGGAAUCAAUUUUUUAAAAUAACCUAUCAUUAAAAGAAAGAGGUGGAGCGAUAUGUUCAGAAAAUAGUAAUUUAAUAAUAAAUUAAUCUUAAAUAAUUGGAAACACAGCUAUAAUCGGUGGAGGAAUUUACUAUAAUCAAGAUUAAUCUUUGUUUGUUGAUCUAAAUACUAAAUUGUUUAACAACACUGGGCGAUUUUAUGGAAACAAUAUUGGUUCUUUUCCUGUAAAACUUCUAAGCUACGAUUUAAAAAAAAAAUAAUAUAAUAAUUAUAUCAAAAUCGAAAAUUUCUAAAGUGGAAACUACACAAAAAAUCCUCUCUAUGUGCAAUUUAUCGAUCAAGAAAACAGAAUGAUAUCUCUAGAUAUCAAUAGUGAUGUCGAUCAUUUAUCAGAUAGUAUAUUAUAGGAAAUAUAGAGUUAUUAGAUACAAAUUUAAACAUUACCUGACUAAAAAGAUUUAGUUAUUGUGCAAGGAAAUAAGUUGGAAUAUAUUUAAGAACUAAAUUUAUUUAAGUUAAAUAUUACAGCAGGAUAUAGCAAUAACUCUAUUUAUUAGUUAAAAUUAGUCUCAUAAAUAUCUAACAAAAUUCUUGUACUUGAUUUAGAAUUAGAUUUUAGGAGAUGCAAAAUAGGAGAGAUAAGAUAAAGAAAUUAAGGAUUCAUAUAGUGCUACGAAUGUUAGCCAGGAACUUACUCUCUAACUGAUCCAUACUCAGAUGAAAAAAAUAUAGAUAGCCUACAGUGCUUAAAAUGCCCUCAAUAAUAUACUUCAAACUGCUAUAAAGACCGUUUAAUUUUAAAAGAUAAUUAUUGGAGAGAGUCAAAUACAACAGACGAAAUCUAUUCUUGCUUAAAAAAUGGAUGCAGUGAAACAAACAAAAUUCAAAUAAAUGGUUGCAUAAAAGGAUAUAUAGGUCCUUUAUGUGAUUCUUGUGAUUACAAAGGAUAGUAUUGGAAUGCUUAAUAUGCUUUAAAUGGAGAUAGAUGUGUAUAAUGUCAAGAAAUAGCGUUUCUAAAAAAGUUCUUUUUCUUAAGUUAUUGUAUUUGA